GGGAUGUGGCGCAGCAAGGUAAACCACAGAAAUUCCGCUAGAGUCUACGAACUAUGUUGCACACGUCUCUGAUGUAUGUUCUGGCCAAAUAGAGCCCCACGAAAUGAGAAUACUGUUCACAGAGUCUUUCCUACGAAAGGCGAGGGCCAUAGUGAGUCCGGAGGGAGACCUCGUUCUUCCAACUUCCGACUGACGCGGAAAUGUCGGCACUACCAAUAUCGAAUGCAAAGCGCACCUGCCCCUGUCUUCCGUCCGGUAUGGAAUGACCGCAUUCCCAUCGUCCCAUACGUGCAGCUUGAUGUCCAGGAGCCGAAGUCACGGCAGACGUCGGGAGACGAUGCAAUCAAGCUAAAAAGGUUAUUGGCAGCAACCGCGUUCGCAUAUCCCAGGAACGCGCGAAGGGCAUAAAUGCCCUUGCGCGCGUCAACGUCUGAAUCGGACCGACUCUGCGCGGGUCGCUCUUCAAAUGCUGCCGGAUGCGCCUGUGUUAAGGUGGAGCCGCCCGAUCUCCAUUAUUGCGGCAGUGCAGAAGGUGCGAUGCCGUACGGCGAAGAGGUGGAUGGAGGAACUCACGCGAAGCCCGAGACCUCCGCAAGCAAAUCGCAAGUCGGAGAUGGUAGCACAACGAGAACCCCAAUCAUCGCUUGCUCGUGAUCGCAGUGAGACAGGGGAAC